AUGUCCUUCAUACACCUAAGCUUCUACUCAGCAUUCGCCCUAAGCAGCCUAGGACUAGCUUUCCACCGGACCCACCUAAUCUCAGCCCUACUCUGCCUAGAGAGCAUGAUACUAUCCAUAUACAUCGCCCUGUCAAUUUGACCCAUCGAAAACCAAGCCCCCUCCUUCACCCUUAUACCUAUACUCAUACUCACAUUCUCCGCCUGCGAAGCAGGUGCAGGCCUAGCCAUACUAGUUGCCUCAACCCGAACUCACGGCUCCGACCACUUACACAACCUAAACCUCCUACAAUGCUAA